UACUCUAAGCGUCUCUAUUGAAUUCCUCCUGUUUCCGUAGAUAAGUCCGUAAAAACAGAACUACAUCCAUCUCUGCUUAUCUUCACCUCGAAUCCAAAUCUUACCCCUUAACAACUAUCACAUUAUCUAACACACAAUUUCCCAAAUUCAAUAAAACCAAAAUGAGGCUUAUCAUCCGCGACAACUCCGAUACAGCCAGCGCCUAUGUAGCUAACUAUAUCAUCGAGAGAAUCCGACACUUCAAUCCUACCCCGGCACAUCCCUUUGUCCUUGGCCUACCUACCGGUUCAAGUCCGCUUGGUGUAUACAAGAUCUUAGUUGAGCAGUACAAGGCUGGAAAUAUCUCCUUCGAAAAUGUCGUCACCUUCAACAUGGACGAGUAUGUCGGUAUCCCUCGAGACCAUCCCGAGAGUUACCACUCUUUCAUGUGGAAGCACUUCUUCUCCCACGUCAACGUGAACCCAAACAACGUGCACAUUCUAAACGGCAACAACCCAAACCUUGAAGCAGAAUGUGUGGAGUACGAGGCUAAGAUCAAGCGUGCCGGCGGCAUCGACUUGUUCUUAGGUGGAAUUGGAGAAGACGGCCACAUCGCCUUCAAUGAACCCGGCUCUAGUCUGGCCUCAAGGACCCGUGUCAAGACACUAGCCUACGACACUAUUCUCGCCAACUCUCGCUUCUUUGGAAACAACAUUGACAAGGUCCCUAAGAUGGCCUUGACAGUUGGCGUCCAGACCGUGCUUGAAGCGAGAGAGGUGGUUGUCAUUAUCCUCGGUGCUCGCAAGGCUCUCGCUUUACAGAGGUGCAUUGAGCAGGGCGUUAACCACAUGUGGACAUUAUCAAGCCUUCAGUUACAUCCUCACCCCAUGAUAGUGUGUGACGAGGAUGCAACGUUGGAACUGCAAGUGAAGACCGUUAAGUACUUCAAGAGCAUCGAGAAAGUUGCGAGGGAGCAGGGAUUCGAGCAGAUUUUGCCAUCAACCAUCAGAACCGGAGCGGGACCGAUUCCUAAGACUGUGAUCGACGAGGUUCAAUCUCCUACGAUUCUUGCACCGCAACCUAUGACAUCCCGUCUGUUGCGUGCUACUCCAGCAACUGAGUAUCCGGUCCGGUCAGUGUCUCCGGAUUUAAUUCCGGACCGAAUGGCGGACCGUGUCGGAAUUCCUGACAUCUCCAGGAGACUGACCCCGCAGCCCGAGGCACAACGAGUAGCUAGCGUCGGGGCGUAACGUGGUAUUUUUCAACAUAAGGGUAAAUGUGUAGGAUUAUCGCAUCACGGAUGCCAUGGUAUGGUUUGGGUGAAUUGGGCUUUUACAAGAGUUGAAUUAACAGGUUAGGACAAAAAAAUUGAAAGGUGAUAUUAGAGAUUUGAUAUCAGUUACGGACUAACCAGGAGGUAGACUAUCUACUUGCCAGAGUCGAUUUCGUAGAUAAGACGUACGUAUGCAGCAGAUUCUGUUAGUUGAGUCGGCGGUUCUAUACCCAUCUUCACGUGUUAAAGAACGCGUGAGGCAUAUAACAUGUACACUCAAGAUAUGUACAUAUGAUAGAUUUAAGAUACCCAAGAUACCCAAUAUAGAUA